AUGCAGGGUCUGAUCCUGGAGAUCCUGAACGCACAACCCUCCUUGCGAGAUUCGAAAACGUACCUCAAUUCAUUCGGUCCUCGACAACGUGGUGAACAAUUACCGCAACAGCAAAAGAAACAAGCAACAGAAUCAAAGCUAAAUCGUCAUGAAUUAUUUGCACUCAAAUCACAAGCAACGCAUAUGCCACAAUAUGGACCACCACCACUUCCACCUUCAUCACAAAUACCUCCGAUUGGCGCAAAGACAACGAAACAGAAAGCAGAAUUAGCGGCUAUUCGCAAAGAAAUUGAUGACAUUCUCUCAACCCAAAAAGGCGAGAAGACCCAAGUUCAAAAUGAAGUACAAGCAGAAACAUCAUCGAUACCUUCCGAUUCACAUCAUUUUGCACAACCUGAUGUGGCAGUACGAGUAUUACCGGAUUCGGCCAUUUCGUCCAAUGCACAAUCUCAAAUGGCUGUCACACCCGAAACGCAAGCAGCUUUGGCUGAAUCCUUAUCUUCACCACCAGUGCAACAGCAUACUGCCUUGGUAAAAGUACAAGGUCCAUUCACAGCUCGUCAGAUGGAAAGUAUCGCAGAAGGAUUGGUAUAUCUGAAAAGACUAGGACUAAUGUCUGUUGUCGUUUUGGAUUCGGAAGAUGCAGCUUGGCGAUCAUCAGUUUCGGACUUUUCUCCAAAGGAUGGAAAAUUACUCGAAACAGAAGAUCUUGAUGGCGAUUUGCGUCCUUGGUCGGCUGCUACCGGAAGCACACGUUCUUCCUCUGUGGGAAAAUUACAAGAGGUACUGCGCAAACAAAUGCUCUCGUUUGCAACUCGGUUAUCCGAACUGCUCACAGAAAAGGGAGCUGCCGCUCGUCCUUUCACGCAUGCAAUGAUGCGAAUCGAUGCGAAUGCAGUCAUUGAAUCUGACGCUAUCAAUCCUCCUCAUUUGACCGAUUGCCCUUCGUCAUCUGCAAAAGGGAUGAAUUUCAAACGGUUCACCAAGAAAUCAGACGUUACCAAGAUUGAGAACAGAUCUCCUCUGGUCACAGACGAUAGCCUGGCAAGCGUUCGCCGAGCAUUGGCCAGUGAUAUGAUCCCAGUCAUUGCACCUUUGGCUCUAUACAAUGAUCCGGAUGCUCUUGGUGCACCGAGAACUGUCUGUGUACGAUCUGAUGAUGUGAUUGUUGGCUUAACACGUGAAAUGUCUACAGAAGGAAAGGCAGUAGAAGCAAUGGUACAAGAAGCAAACGAAAAGGCCGAAGAGUUGCCUGGAGAUAUUGUGGAUAUGAUGCCUUUGCGUUUAAUGGUGAUCAAUCGUGAAGGUGGUAUUCCCUCGCAUGCAAGAGGAGGAAACCCGCAUCUUUCCAUCAAUUUGGCUUCUGAAUAUUCGCACAUUAGCAAUAGCUUUAUUUGGGAUGAAUCUCAUCCUACGGCGGUCAACAAUCUAUCCAUGGUCCGUGAUUGUUUGGCAUUCAUGCCACAUACCUCUUCCGGUGUCGUAGUAUCCUACCGAUCACCAAAGAGCUUGAUUGCCAAUUUGAUCACCAACAAGGCUGCUCAUUCACCGUCUCUGCCGCACAGAUUGUUGGCAGGACGAAAAGAUGUCCGUCACACUCCAACAAUUAUCCGUCCUGGACUUUCAGUACGUGUUCUGUCUUCAUUCGAUCAAGUGGAUUGGACAAAGAUGACGCAACUUUUACAACAAUCUUUCAGACGUGAUUUAGAUGCAGAGACAUACUAUGCUCGUUUGAAAACUUGUUUGGACUUUGUGAUUGUUAUGGGAGAUUAUCAAGGAGCGGCCAUUGUUACGCAUGAAUACGCCCCGGGAGAAGACCGUACAAAGAUUCCUUCGAUUGCUUACCUUGACAAAUUUGCAGUGUUGCCUAGUCUGCAAGGUAGUGGUGCUGUUGAUUUCUUAUGGGGUGCAUUACGAGAUGAAGUUCAUGGCUUGGGCUUAUUGGAUGCGCUUAACGACAAUGGAGGUUUGGGCGGUUUCGGCGUUGGACGUGAUUUGGUAUGGAAGAGCAGAAGUGCCAAUCCUGUGAAUAAGUGGUACUUUGAACGUAGUAAUGGAUUUGUACGGAUAGGAGAUGAAGGAAGCUGGACUUUAUUCUGGGCAGAUGCCGAGCAAAGAUUGGCGAUCAUGUCUGGUGAAAGACGACUUGGAGCAGAAGCAUCUGCACAAGAUAUCAUGGAUACGGCCAAAGAACAUGAUAAACAUUCUUGGAGCGCAAGAAAUGAAGAAGAAGAAGCGAAUGAAGUUAGUCGACAAAAAGCGCAAUCUCUUUUGGUCACUGGAAGCGGCGAUCUUGAUCAACUUCAUCCUCAAAGUGAACAUCAAAGGAUGUUACCCGUCAUUGCACCUAAUGAAGAAGGCAGAUUAGCCAGAUGGGCGAAAUGCAUGGCUUCCAUACCAAGUGCAUGGCUUUGA